GUCGGUCAAUGUCAUCAUUGACUGAGUCGAUUGUCUAUGAUAAAAAGUUCUUUUCCAUCGUUUUCUGUCCUGAGAUUCGGAGGUUAGAAACAUGACUCGCAAACGCCGUAAUGGAGGACGGGCUAAGCACGGCCGUGGCCACGUUAAGGCUGUCAGAUGCACCAAUUGCGCGCGUUGCGUGCCUAAGGACAAAGCUAUCAAAAAGUUCGUGAUCAGGAAUAUUGUUGAAGCGGCUGCCGUCAGGGAUAUCAACGAAGCUUCCGUAUAUGCAUCAUUCCAGCUGCCAAAGCUGUAUGCCAAGCUCCACUACUGUGUCUCCUGCGCCAUCCACAGCAAAGUUGUGCGCAACAGGUCUAAGAAGGACAGGAGAAUCCGUACUCCACCCAAGAGCACCUUCCCCAGGGACAUGCAGCGCCCACAGAAUGUGCAAAGGAAGUGAAGUGAUUAACAAUAAAUUUUAAGAAAACCCAA